GUAAAUUCUAUUGUGGGAUCCUUGGUUGUGGGUGAUAAGAAAGGCAAUAUUUUUUAGCCUGUGGUACGCUUCGAAAAUAAAGUUAGCAACACUGCAGAUUACAGCUUAAACGUCAACGUCAGACAGAAUUCCUUCUUUCAAUUCGUGGACAACGUGAAGGGAGGACAACCUUACCACUAUGUCGUCUAAGGUAUCGCGUGAUACGCUUUACGAGUGCGUAAAUGCCGUCCUCCAGGCAUCGAAGGACAAGAAACGUAACUUCCUGGAGACAGUGGAACUCCAAAUUGGUCUGAAGAACUAUGACCCCCAGAAGGACAAGCGUUUCUCAGGCACCGUCAAGUACGUUUACCUGGAAAGAGCAUUUUAGUGGGAUGUGUUUUGUUUUUAUAAACCCACCAAGAUGAAUCUGGACAGGGAGUCGGUGUAAACCGACGGGACUCGACCCAGAGUCUUUAAAUAUCGGGUAGGAAGGCUUCGGCCUACCGACUUAGGUUAAGAUGAUGAAAACAUGGGCUCCAGGUUGAAGUACAUUCCCCGCCCCAAGAUGCAAGUGUGCGUUCUUGGAGACCAACAGCACUGUGACGAGGCUAAGACCCUGGCAGUACCCUGCAUGGACGCUGAGGCACUCAAAAAACUGAACAAGAACAAGAAGCUAGUCAAGAAACUAGCAAAGAAAUAUGAUGCUUUCCUUGCAUCAGAAUCACUCAUCAAGCAGAUCCCACGUUUGUUGGGUCCUGGUCUGAACAAGGCCGGUAAAUUCCCUGGUCUCCUCUCCCACCAGGAGUCCAUGACACAGAAGAUUGAUGAAGUCAAAGCCACCAUCAAGUUCCAGAUGAAGAAGGUAUUGUGCCUGUCUGUGGCUGUUGGCCAUGUGGACAUGACCCCUGAUGAGCUUGCACAGAAUGUGCACUUGUCAAUCAACUUCCUGGUCUCCCUGCUGAAGAAGCACUGGCAAAAUGUGCGCUCACUGCAUAUGAAGUCUACAAUGGGCCCACCCCAGAGAUUGUACUAAGCCUAAUAUCAAUAAAUUUGACUUAACGGUACAUAU